CGGCCAGGGUGGGAGGACGCCUGGGUCCCGCUGCCACGCUGCAGAGGGGCCGCAGCAGAGGCGCGGAGCCCGGGGGCGGGGGGCCGCCGGGCGCGCCGAGAUGUGGAAUCCCCUGCACGAAGCCGACUCGACCUUUGUCGCUUGGCGCCGCCCGCGCUGGCUGUGCGUUGGGGCGCUGGUGCUGGCCGCCGGCCUCCUGAUCGUCGGCUUCCUCUUCGGUCGGUUUAUAAGAUCCUCUAAUGAACCUACUAACAUUGUCCCACAGCAUAAUGUGAAGAAGGCAUUUUUGGAUGAAUUGAAAGCUGAGAACAUCAAGAGGUUCUUAUAUAAUUUUACACGGCUGCCACAUUUAGCAGGAACAGAACAAAACUUUCUGCUUGCAAAGCAAAUUCAAUCCCAGUGGAAAGAGUUUGGCCUGGAUUCUGUUGAGUUGGCCCAUUAUGAUGUCCUGUUGUCCUAUCCAAAUAAGACUCAUCCCAACUACAUCUCAAUAAUUGAUGAAGACGGAAAUGAGAUUUUCAACUCGUCAUUGUUUGAACCACUUCCUCCAGGAUAUGAAAAUGUUUCAGAUGUUGUGCCACCUUUUAAUGCCUUCUCUCCCCAGGGGAUGCCAGAGGGUGAUCUCGUGUAUGUUAACUAUGCACAGACUGAAGACUUCUUUAAACUAGAGAGGGACCUGAAAAUCAAUUGCUCUGGGAAGAUUGUGAUUGCCAGAUAUGGAAAAAUUUUCAGAGGAAAUAAGGUUAAAAAUGCCCAGCUGGCAGGGGCCAAAGGAGUCAUUCUGUAUUCAGAUCCUGCUGAUUACUUUGCUCCUGGGGUGAAGUCCUAUCCAGAUGGUUGGAAUCUGCCCGGACGUGGUGUCCAGCGUGGAAAUAUCUUAAAUCUUAAUGGUGCAGGGGACCCUCUCACACCUGGUUACCCAGCAAAUGAAUAUGCUUAUAGACGUGAAAUCACAGAGGCUGUUGGUCUUCCUAGCAUUCCUGUCCAUCCAGUUGGGUACGAUGAUGCACAGAAGCUCCUGGAGAAAAUGGGUGGGGCCCCGCCUCCAGAUAGCAGCUGGAAAGGAAGUCUCCAAGUGCCCUACAAUGUUGGACCUGGCUUUCUUGGAAACUUUUCUACACAAAAAGUCAAGAUGCACAUCCAUUCUAACAACAAAGUGACGAGAAUAUACAAUGUGAUUGGGACUCUCAGAGGAGCUGUAGAACCAGACAGAUAUGUCAUUCUUGGAGGUCACCGUGACUCAUGGGUGUUUGGUGGCAUUGACCCUCAGAGCGGAGCAGCUGUUGUUCAUGAAAUUGUGAGGAGUUUUGGAACACUGAAGAAAGAAGGAUGGAGACCUAGAAGAACAAUUUUGUUUGCAAGCUGGGAUGCAGAAGAAUUUGGUCUUCUUGGUUCUACCGAGUGGGCAGAGGAGAAUUCCAGACUCCUUCAGGAACGUGCUGUGGCCUAUGUUAAUGCUGAUUCUUCCAUAGAAGGGAACUAUACUCUGAGAGUUGAUUGUACCCCACUGAUGUACAGCUUGGUAUACAACCUAACAAAGGAGCUCCAAAGCCCUGAUGAAGGCUUUGAAGGCAGAUCUCUUUAUGAGAGCUGGAAUGGAAAAAGUCCUUCACCAGAGUUCAGUGGCAUGCCAAGGAUUAGCAAACUGGGAUCUGGUAAUGACUUUGAGGUGUUCUUCCAAAGACUUGGAAUUGCUUCAGGCAGAGCACGGUACACUAAAAACUGGGCAACAAGCAAAUUCAGGAGCUAUCCAUUGUAUCACAGUGUCUAUGAAACAUAUGAAUUGGUGGAAAAAUUUUAUGAUCCAACUUUUAAGUACCACCUCGCUGUGGCACAGGUUCGAGGAGGGAUGGUAUUUGAACUAGCCAAUUCCAUAGUGCUCCCAUUUGACUGUCGAGAUUAUGCUAUCGUUUUGAGAAAGUAUGCUGACAAGAUCUACAAUAUUUCAAUGAAACAUCCACAAGAAAUGAAAACAUACCGUGUGUCAUUUGAUGCACUUUUCUCUGCUGUGAAGAACUUUACAGAAAUUGCUUCUAAGUUCAAUGAGAGACUUCAAGACUUGGACAAAAACAACCCAAUAUUAUUGAGAAUUUUGAAUGAUCAACUGAUGUUUUUGGAACGAGCAUUUAUUGAUCCUUUAGGAUUACCAGACAGGCCUUUCUAUAGGCACGUCAUCUAUGCUCCCAGCAGCCACAACAAGUAUGCAGGAGAGUCAUUCCCAGGAAUUUAUGAUGCUCUGUUCGAUAUUGAAAACCGAGUGGAUCCGUCCAAGGCCUGGGGAGAGGUGAAGAGGCAGAUCUCCAUCGCAGCCUUUACGGUGCAGGCUGCAGCCGGGACUCUGAGGGAAGUGGCCUGAGGUGGUUCUUCAGAGAACCCAUACUGACUAGGUAUGGUUUGUCACUCAACAAGAAUCAUAAAAGGCAU